ACAAAAAUCCAUCUAACCUUCAUCAUAAAUAGGAAUAAAAUAACAUUUUCUCUGAUCUUCAUCUCCAAUCCAAACCCACAUCCACUUGAUUAUAAUGAAUAAAAAUCCAAUUUUGACAUAAAAAUAUGCAGCUUCAUCCAUCAUCCGAUGCUCGAUCGCAAUCCGAUUCCAUGGAGAACUCUGCUCCCUCCUCCGCUGCAUCGUCGUCAAUUUCUCUCGUUUCGAGGGCAAGAACGGCAUUUCAUUCGGCCGCGGCGAAGGCAGAGAGGGUUAUCACGGAGAUCAAGUCCGAUCGCAAGAACGAUCGAGGAGAAAAUGAGGGGCAAUCUCUAAGGGGAUCGAGGAGAUUAUCGGAACAUGAUUUGGGCGGACUUGAUUCGGCUUGUAAACCUAAAGAAGAGGUUUCAGAAGGAGACUCCGUGUUGAAGGAAACUGGCGCAAGUACCUUUAACAAGCUUACCAUUCCUCAAGCGUCUGUUUUAAAACAGUUGGCAACAGCUUUUGAGAGUGGGAAGAAUCUUAAUUCUAUCAAUGAUUUCUCGACAAUUGAUGAGGAUCCUUCACAUAUCAAAGAAAAAGCAGCCUCAAAGUUUUCUGUUGUGAAGUCAAUAGUUCGUCGGGAGAAGGAAGACAAAUCCAUUAAAUCUAUUUCCAAAUCUGGUGAAGAGGAAUUUCGUUCUAUGAUGUGCACUCUGUUCGAUACAGAGGAAGAACACAGUGGAAGGAGAAAUAGAGCUGAUUCAGGAAGCCCCUCCAUUGCAUAUUUAUCAAAGGAUAUCCGUGGGGCACCCCCUGAAAGUUUUGUUGUUCGGCUUUCUGAGAUUAUGGGAGGAUUCAAAUCCCUACAAGAAAUGGCAUUAUUUUGGGGAUAUGUUGUUGUUGAGUUGAGAAGACGAUGGUCUGAAGAGCAACCAGUACCUCAUAUGCCACUGGAUGUGAAUCCUGAUCUAAAUUCUUGUCUUCUGCAUCAGCAAUUACAGGUUAUGAAUUGUUGUAUAGCCAGGAAACACCGGCGAGCUGUUGCUGCCGAGUCAUUGGAUUCGGCACUAAAAGAAGCCAAUCUAGAUAAUAAAGAUUCCGUCCAUGUUCGAGGAAAUCUUUCUUCGAGUAAUAUGCAUUAUGCUCGAAUCAACUCUGGGGAUUAUGUUCUCAGACUUGGUGCUGAUCAUCCAUCUGAAAGUUUAACCAUGUUAGAAACUGGAGAACCUAUUUACGCGCCGAUUACACAGGAGGGCCCAGUACUAACAGAAGAGCUUAUUAGAGAACAUGAGGAGCUUGUUCUGCGCACUGGGAGUGUUGGUGCCGGGUGUUCUCAGCUGCUCUCUGACAUGCAAGCUUUUAAGGCUGCAAAUCCUGGCUGUGUUCUGGAAGACUUUGUACGAUGGCACUCUCCACCAGACUGGUCAGACACAGAAUCAGAUGAUCAGACCAAUGAUUCAGCUGAUGCAGAAGGAUCAUCCAGACGAGGUCGACUAAGUGCAAGAAUGCAGAAAGAAGGUAAUUUAUGGAGAGAACUAUGGGAGUCUGCCAAACCUUUGCCUGCCAUUAAACAAGUUCCACUCUAUGAUGAGGACCUAGCAGUUGAUAGCAUUCUAACUACCUUGGAGGACAUCCAGCCACGAGAGCUCUUUGAGCAGCUUUUCAUCUCCUUGUUGUGCUCAAGCUUCCUAAUUGCUGAAGCUGCCAUUCCUGUUGAAAGCAACUUGUCCACACUAUUUCAAGAAUGUAAAGAUUAUGUCACCGCAACUUGCCAAUUUGGCAUUUCAAGUGAAAACAUGGGAGACAUCUGCAAGGUAUAUGAAACAGUAGAGACUAUUGUCAUCCAUCCGGAAGAAGCCAUAAUGAUCAUCGACCAACCAGAAGAACCAGUAUCUGGGAAAUCAGGAAGCCUCUUCAAGAAAUUUAACCUGAACUUUAUCAAUAAAGAUAAGCAGCCUUUGCGUCGAAAAGCAUCAAAGGAUGAGAAGCAUGAAGUAAAGGAUGAGAAGAAAGCAGAUGAGAAGCAUAUGUUCUCUAACCUUUUCGAUAAGAAGGCAUCUUUAUUUUCAAGAAAGACUCCAAAAGCCAAUCAAGCACCAUCUUCCAAGAUGGAUUCCUUGGAUGAAGGUGAUUGGACGAUUGUUUAAAUUCAUUGUUGUAAUUAUAGACAUACUUGGGGAGAAAAAGGGGAAAGAUAAGAGAGAGAGAGAGAGAGAGAGAGAGAGAGAGAGAGAGAAUGGUUUAAUUUGCCGAGCAAUAAAUUGUUUGUAUAUAAUGUACACGAUAUUAUGAUCAUGUUACUGAUUCAUUCAAUUAAAAGAAAGGGAGAUGACGUUUUU